ACCCCCGUACUUCAUCCAAACCGCCGAGUAAACAUUGAAACGUUGUAAUUACUUUGAAGCGCCUCAAGAUGGUGCUGUUUCUGCGUCCAAUCCAACCGUGGGACGUUUGACAGUGAGUCUUUGUCAUGCAUUUAAAACGCAAGUCGUCCUUGCGGCUGUCCGGAAAGUGCGUUUAAUUUAUCGCUUGUCGUAAAGCAUGUGAACCGAUAUACACGUUGAAAUACUUUUAUUAAAAUAUUGUUGCUUGCCGGACGCCCAUCCCUCCUGCGAGCCGGCCGUGGGCGUGGUGUCGAGUUGGGAAAACAAGCCGCAGACGCCCCGUGACGCUGCCCCGCAUCAGUCGAGUUUCGCCGCAGAAGGAGCUGCCAAGGUUCGUCCGAUAACAUCUCCCCGACCGGGACUGCCAGAACACCCCCCCUCAUCCCUCGUCUUCUUCCUCCUGGUUCUGCUCUAUCUCGGCUCGGAUGGGGGACAAGCGCGCGGCGACCGGGGCCGUCCUGCGUGUGUAGCCGCCCGUCGGGCACCGACGAACCGACUUGUUGUCGGCAAGAUGAGCGGCGGAGAAGUCAUCCUCCAGGGCUGGCUGAGGAAGUCGCCGCCGGAGAGGAAACUGCGGAGAUACGCAUGGAAGAAGCGCUGGUUCAUUCUGCGCAGCGGGCGUAUGAGCGGUGACCCCGACGUGCUGGAGUACUACAAGAACGACCACUCCAAGAAGCCCAUCCGGGUCAUCGACCUGCACUGCUGCGAGCAGGUGGACGCCGGCCUGACCUUCAAGCGGAAGGAGUUCCAGGACAGCUUCGUGUUCGAUAUCAAGACCUCGGACCGCACCUUCUACCUGGUGGCCGAAACCGAGGAGGAGAUGAACAAGUGGGUGCGCGCCAUCUGCCAGCUGUGCGGCUUCAACCAGUCGGACGACAACAACCACGAUGUCCGCCUGCAACAGAUGCCGCGUUCCGUUGGAGCAGAUGAUUCCGGCUCGGCGGCCCCCCUGAGCGCCGUCGGCGGCAAAUUGUCGGCACCCGUCCACUCCAGCCAGCCCGUGUUGUUCACCUUCGACGUGCCUGUGCGCCACUCGCACCACAGCGCCCUGUCCAACAGCGCGCCGCAGGACUACCUCCUCCUGCACCAGUGCAUGAGCAGGAAGACGGAGAGCGUGCGGAGCGCCAGCUUCUCGCAGGCCACGAGAAGCAACGUUUUCCUGGGCAGCGACUCGGCCGUCCAGAAGCUGUCGCACGGCUUCUCGCACUGCCUGAACGGGAUGGGCGCUCAGCUGCACGGCUUCUACAGCCUCCCCAAGCCCGGCAAGCAGCAGCAACUGCCGUCCGCGCCCGACGAUUCCCCUCAGGAGGAGGCGUGUUACGUGCUGCCCCGGGGCUACGAGGCCCACGGCGGCCCGCCCGAGCUGGACCUGGAGAACGAGGAGGUGUACUCCUUCCAGACGCCCUGCAACGCUCUCGCCGCCGCCGACAACUACGACCUCCCGACGCCGCCCGGCUCCUUCUACCAAAUACCGCGGACGUUUGAUAAGAAUCACAACACGCUGACGCCGUCCAGCUCCGAGUCGUCCUGCGCGCCCCCGCCCAGGCCGCCCAAGCCCGGCUCGGACGGGCAGUGGGGGAGUCCGCGCUCGCUCGGGAGCCAGAAUGGCGACGCUUCCACCGCCGUGUCGGUCAUCCCCAGAAGGAAUACGCUACCCGCUGUGGAGAACAUUAGACUGCACAGAGGCUCUUCCUUUGAAACGAGCACCCAUCAGCGUCCUAUCCAUUUCAACAGUUCAGGCCAGUCUGUGGAGUCGGUCAACGACGGCUACAGCUCAUACCUGAGGACCAGAACCCCCCUGACCCGCUCGGACAGCGGCAACUCGGACGACAACUACGUGCCCAUGAACCCCGGCUCGUCGCCGCUGAGCGCCGCCCAGGCCGACAGUCCCAAGAACGUGUACAUCCCCAUGAGCCCCGGGCCGCACCACUUUGACUUCCCGGGCUUCUCGGCCACGCUGCCCACCCGCAAGGGCAGCAGCGCCUCGCUGUGCCAUCGGCCCGGCCGCCUCAGCGACGUCACGCCGCCGCCCAUCAACCGCAACCUCAAGCCCAACAGGAAGUCCAAGCCAACGCCUCUGGAUCUGAAGAACAACGGCUUCAUUGACGAGCUGCCGUUUAAGAGCCCGGUCACCAUGUCCUGGACACGGCCCAUGCCCGCCAUGAACUCCGUGUCGUCGCAGCGUUGUCGCCCCAUCUCCACGCAAAGCAUCACCAGCACCGACUCUGCAGACAGCGAGGAGAACUACGUGGCUAUGCAAAACCCAGCGUCUACCUCGCCAGCCAUGAGCGGCACCAGCAGUCCGGCCCUUCGCAAAAGCGGCAAUGUGGACUACUUGGCGCUGGACUUCCAGCCUGGCUCGCCCUGUGCACACAGGAAGCCGUCGACGUCGUCGGUGACGUCUGACGAGAAGGUGGACUACGUGCUGGUGGACAAGGAGAAGACGCAGGCGCUGCAGAACACCAUGCAGGAGUGGACCGACGUGAGGCAGUCUACUGAACCCGCCAAGGCGGUCAAGUCUUGACACUGAGUACAUGUGACGUAUCUAUUACUGGGAAAGGGUGGGGGUUGGGGACACGGGGGGGGGGGGGAGCGUGUUGCUGUUCGGACCACUAAAAAAGCCAUAACUAAGAGUACCUAUGCCUGUUCUCUGCCAUAAUUUAUUUUUAUGGACCAAAUAUGAGCCCUUUGUGGCAACGCAAUUUUUCCCCAUAGCUGCCCCCCUCCUCUCAAAUUCUCCAAUAGUGUGGCUCUCUCUGCUGCAGGGGUUAUGCCCAAGUACCAAAUGUUAAACGCAAGUGUGGUCCAGUUGCUGACAUAAGCAACGUUUUUUUGUUUGCUAUAUUUAGCAUAUAGCAACUCUAGCCACUCCAAUAAGCACGUUUCCACCCAGUCUUUCUACGCUCCUUAUGGAAUUAGCCUGUUUUGAGGGGGCGGUCCGAUCUCGUGCGAACGAACCGCUGCUCAACCCCGUUCGCCUCGAAUGCAGCAGGUGCUUUUGACAUGAUGGUGAUUGCGCGUAGUCUGAAAGCGGAGAAUCUUGCCACAGCGCAGCUGCCAAGUCAUGGGUGGAGAAAGUUGGUUUUGGGGGCGGGAUUAUGUGAAGGACAGUUUUGAUGUCAUAAUUGGGCAAAAUUCUAAAUGGCUGAGCGAGCUCGCAAACUCGGUUGUUGGAAAGGUGGAGAGACCCAACUUUAUAUUCAAGAACAAAAAAAAUAAAUGUUAAUCUGGUUUAUAUGGCAAAAUGGAGCCCCAACAAGACUUGAACCUUUAGGAAUAAAAGUCACAAAAAGUCCAAGUUUAGGUCAGACCCGAAACACUACGAAUGUUUCAGAGGUUCCGCGAUUUUGUGAGUCGCCUCAGUUGGUAUUUGAAGCCAAAGCCGAUUGAGUCGAGGCAAGGCGAGUUGAAUACCGCGUCCACGAUGCCUAACGUGCACUGACCUUACCAAGAUGGCCGCUCCCUCGCCAUACAAGCCAUGUAGCCAUGCGCUCAGGCGCCUGACAAAGUGCACUCACGGCAAGAAAUUGGCCCCUCUUUAAGUCAGAGCGUCCACGGGUUUGAAUUGCCUUACUCCCACACGAUUGAUUUGCCUUCCUUUGGUCUUUUUGUCGCAUUUAGGCACAAGUCCAAGUGUUUGAUUCUAAUGAAAGCCACUUUGCUAGCUUAAUUGCCUCCUCAUGAUUUUUCUACUAUUUUUUUACUGCUUUUUAUAUACAUUUUUGAAACCCUUUCCCCCCUACUCUCAAGCAAGCUCUACAAAGUAGUAUUAAGUCCUCACUGAGAAGAAGACCAAAAAAUAUAUGUAUAAUAAUGCGAUGAGAUUGAUGUGGUAAAUUUCUGAAAAUUUCUUCAGAACACUUUUUUUCCAAAUGUUUUCAACCCUUUUGUGCACCAAUAUUGAUGACUUGUAACCUGGUAACAUGAUAAGCUGUCCACUGCAGUGCCCGAUGUCCCUGAAAGGGUUAAUAGUGGUCUAGUAAACAUUUUUGUAUUUUAGCACGUGAAUGUCAGAAUCUGCCCCACACGUCUGAGCCAACCAUUCCUUCCCUUUUUUUUUUCAUAAACUUUACAUUUUGAAUGUUACACAUGAAUUUCUUUACAGUUAUUUAACAGACUAUCAUCCUAAAAUUACAUUUGCAGGGGAGGGGGGGUUCUUAAAAAUUUAAGAUUUGUUGCAUGGAAAAGAUACAACUUUUGUUUUGACAUUUAUAUUCUCAAUUAUUUACUGUUGUAAAAUUGUUUUGAAAAGGACUAAUCUUGUUUUUCACAAAAAGAUAUUUUUUAAUCUCCAAAAUGCAACUUAAUUCUCGUCAUACUACAACAAGUGUUGAAACAAAAUAACAAUCUAAAUCAGUUUUUCUUGUCCCCACACCCAAACUUUAUUCACACAAGAUUACGACUUUAAUCUCAUUAUGUUUCAUCAUGGUCGUAGUCCUCCUUCGCAAUAUUCCAAUCAGGGAGGGAGGCAAAAUGAAGCGUGCAGUUUUUCUUACAGUUGUGCGUUUACAUUCCAUGUGAUCGACUGUUUGAUUUUUUUUUUUAAUGAAAAAAAAUGUGCAGUUGGGCAGUUUGCAUGUGCAGAGCAAGCAAAAUUGAAGAAAAUAUAUAUCAGACUGUUGGAAAACGAAAUGGAAGCCGCUCAUGACGUAAUUUAUAAUCCAUCAGACGAGGCGCGCGCCCGUGUGUGUGUGUGUGUGUGUGUGUGAUUGUUGUGUUAUUAGACUGUGAUCGUGCUAGCGUGUGAUAUGAUGACGUAGGGGGGGGGGGCGUACUGUACUUGUAAGACGUGAUGAUGUUUGUUCUUCUUGUUUCCUUUUUAACCACUGGUAUUGCUACUACUGUAAAAUCGUUUGCGGGCCGCUCCUGUUUGUUUGUGUGUGUAUACGUGUGUCUUAAUUUAUUAAUUUAUUGUGUACCCGCCCAAAGUCGAAGGGGGCCCGUCUCUCUUUCUGCAGUCGCCGGCCGCAUUAUUAGGUACACCUGGUUGCCACCACCGCAAAUAACAGGCACGUUGUUGCAUGAAUACUAGCGGGCAUGAUGACGAAUCGGCGUUUUGGAUCUCAUGAUGAGGUCGCGCGGGUGUGCCUAAUGAAGUGUCCGGCGAGUGCUCCUGUCCCGAUUUGUGUGAAGCAAUACGAAAAGAAAAAGCCAGUGUGGUGCAGCUCAUGGAGACUUUGUUAUUCCUGAUGUAUUAUGGUCAACUGUGGAUGUAGAAUAAAUCGACAAGUCAG